AUGUGGAAAACUCAAGGUAAUCAAGCAUAAACUGGCAAGAUUUCUAAAUGGAAGUAAAAACUAGUCAAUUAACCUGAAGGAGAGGCAGCAGCUCCAAGAAAAGCAGGAUAGUCUGGGCAGACAAUUGAAAAUAUGGUCUUUAGUCUGCAAUAUCACAACAAUGAUUACUCAGAAGAGGAGAUAUUAUUUAAUUAGGCUCUUAAUUACAGGUAUAAGACAAGUAGUGGGGAAUAUCAAGAAAUGCCCUUAAAAGAAGGAGAUUUUAUUGAGAUCUCUUUUGCGAGUUUAACUUAAGCUAAUGCCUAAGUAAACAACUAAAUGAUGAUGAAUUAAUCUCAAUAAUCAAUUCAAGUCAAUCAUCCACACUCUUCAUCAAACUUAAAUCCAAAUGCCAUUAAUAAUCAGAUGGGUAAUCAAAUAUUUAAGAGAAUCAUUUUUAAGCUCACUAAAGAUUCAUUCAAAGCAUAGAAAAAUGAUCAAAAUUAAGCUUGCAAAAUGAGAAUAAUUUAAGAGAACAAUGAAAUAAAUGAGUUGGGAGCAAGUCAAAAUUAGGCAAAGUUGGAGCAUUCAAUGAACUAGAAGAUUAGCUCAAUUGAUGAAUUCGAAUAUUUACCACAACUUCCAUUAGAAUCUUAUAUAGUAGAAAGAGUAGAAAUAUCCCUUAGAGAUCAGUAUGUAUCUAGAAGAGAUAUGUGGUAUAUUUUAAAUUCCCUAGAUGGAAAGACUCUUUAUAAAUAUAAAAACUUCGAGUACUGUGGAAUCAGAUUCAGAGUAAGGGGGUUAUUUAACAAAGAGGGUCAAGAAAUUCUCAAUGGUGUCAUUAAAACAACUUAGUCUAAGUUUCAAUUCCUUACUAGAUCAUGCUAGAUAUACAUUCUUGUUGAAUUAUCAGAGGACAUGUAUUCCUUUGAUGAGAAUGGAUUUAUAAACUAUGAAAAGUGUCUAUAGUUCAUAAAGUCUUAUUUUGAAAGAUGCCAGAAAAUAUCUGCUACUCAUGAAAUUACUAUUGUUAUAUUCUCCAGAUUAUUUUAUCCCUAGGUAACUAACUAGGAAGAGCUUAGAUUUCAUCUUUCAGAGUAUUAUAAAUCUGAAGAAAUGUUAACAGACGAUCAAAUUGACGAGCUAGGGGCGUUUUAGAUCUCAAAGCACACUAAGAUAUUCUAGGAUGUAUUUAUGAAGGUUGGUUUAUUUGAAUUAGGAAGAAACAAUUGGGAUAAAAUCCUAGGAAAUUUGUAGAGAUACUUUCACUACUAUCCAUCAAUGAUAAAUUGGAAAAAGGACUGUCCUUAGCAUGUAAAAGAUUUGAUGUAAGAGGUGAAUGAAAAUCAUUAUCUGAUAGAAUGCAAACUUGGUAAUGCUGAAAAGAUGAACAUUCUUGAAGCUAUAAAUCUUGCACUUUUCAAUUUGAAUAAUGAAGAAGAAGAUUAGAAUCUCAAGACUACAGGAUAAUAGUUGAUGAUUAUUACAGGAGGAACAGGCCAGUACAGAGUAAAUGCUGAUAUUGUAGAACCAACAAAAAGUAGAGUCUUGCUUGGUGGUGUACCUAUUCAGAUUAUAUCUUUGAAUAAAAAGCCUGCGUAUAAAACUCCUCUACUCAUCAAUUGCUGCACUUAUAAAAAUCCUUUUAAGACUAAAACUUAAGGAGUUCUGAUUAAAAAUGGCUUUGCUGGGGGUCAUUAAAUUAUCGAGUCACCAACUAGCAUUGGAUCUAAGCAGUUCAUCGAAAAAUUGAAUGGAAGUUUUUAGGAGUCUCCAUAAACACAGAGCAAGUAGAAUAAUAACUACCCUGCAUAUUUUUUCCCUUAUUGGAUCGACAUAGUAUAUCUCUAUAGUACAAAACUUUUUGAGACACACUUUUAAUGUCUUGCUAACCCUUUCAAUGCAAUAUACAAAGUUUAAAAGCUAACAAGCAACAUCAAAUUCAAGCCUCACUCAAAUUAUCAGUUUCUAAACGAUAUAAAUAAAAUGGAGUAAAAACUAAUAGAAAAGCUUUAAAAAUCCAACUAGGGACAUCAUCAGUUAGACUAUUCAAAAGUUAAAAAUGCUAUUAAAGAAGAGGCGUAAACAAAUGAGGAUGAAAUGAAUGAAGAUUUGAAGGAAAUUUAAAGUAAAGUAAUUACCAUAAACUAAGAUGAAUACAUUCUUAAGCAAGCUACUUUUAUCAAGGAAAGAGGCUAGGACUUAUCUAGGUACUUUGAUGAUCAAGAAUUGAAUGAGCAGUUAGAUUAAUUCAGAUUCUCUUCAAUUGAAACAGUCAAUUAGUAUGAUGCAAUUAGCUAUGGUUAAAAAUCAAAUGAUCUUGACGACAUCACAGAGGAAGAGUAGUCUAACAUUCAAGGAUUUUCUAUGAAUAUUAAUCAAAGCCUAAGUGAUAGAAAGCUGUUCGAUGAUUUGCUACCUAGGAGAGAUCAAACUGAAGGCAACUAAUCUAAUCAACUUGCUGCGAUAAGAGAUAGUAAUGGACUUAACAAUUUUUCAAAUGAAAGUAAAGGCUCAGGUAGAAACAUUCUUAUACAAGGAUCAAAAGACUUAAGAUUCACAUAAGUUCCUGUUUUAAUGUCUCCUAGAGGUACUCAUAUCCCUCAGAAUCAUCAUUUAUCUUAUGAGUCUGUGGACAAAUCUAUGACAAAUGACCUUAAAUUCAAUCCCUUCCUAUUGAAAUAAGAGGAUGAAAGCCAUAAUGUAUAGGCCAAAGCAAAGAGAAAUUAUUAGCAAGUUUAAGGAUUUAAGAAUAUGAAAUAAAGUCAAAAUAUUUAGUAAAUCUAGAGCAAUCUUUCCAAGGAAAGUGCGAAUAAAAAUAGAUGGAAGCACUACCCUAAAGUCUAAUAGUAUAACUUCUACUCUGAUUUCAAUGAUAAAGAUGUCGAUACUCUAGUUAAGAUGGGUUAGAUAUAGCAACUGGAGCAUAUAAUGGAUGGAUUCUGGAAGAAUAUUUGUGAGUGUAAACUGCUUCCACUAACUACUGAUUUUUUCCCUCACGAAUCAUAACUCAGAAACAAGAAUAAGUAUCACUAUGAGCUCUCCUAGGCAAGCGUGGUGUCUAGAAAAGGAGGACUUAUUCAAAACUUUGAGUAAUACUUCACUGAAUACAUAUGUCUGAGACUUACUUAAAAUUUCCAGCUAAUCAAUAAUGAAUCACUAUGCUAUGUGGACUUUAAGAAGCUUUGGAACAGUGAUGUUAAAAUGGGCAUUUGCAGCAAAUAUGAUGUGCUUAAGUAGCCUCAAGAUUAAAACUACAUGAUGAAUACUUAUACAAAAAUGGAUAGAGAGGAUACAAAUGCCAUAAAAUCUGCUGAUUUCAAAUACUUGCUUUUUAACUAUCAUACCUCAAAGUUUCAAGUCAAAAUAUCUUAAGAGUCCAGACUCUUUAACUUCAAAUCUCUAGCAAAUCUUGGAGAGGUGCUAAACGAUUUUAAAAAUGCAUUGAGCGUCUGUAUCAAGAUGCCUUAGUAACAUUUUGUGAUCUUUCACAUGAAUAAUAACAAUAGCUGGCAAGGUGGGUAGUAACUUAGUAUGAGGUAAAUGAUGAAAAACUAAGCACAGAGCUUAAAUGCAUAGAAUAGUAAUUAAAGCCCUAAUAUGGGGAGCUUUAAUUAGUCUAGUAUGGUUGGAUCUUCAUUCUAACUAUUCUAAGGAGGGAAGUUUGACACGAAUAUGACUUUACCAACACUGUAAAAUGAAGGUAGUAUGAGUUUGGUAAGACUUGAAUCAAUGUAGUAGGAUGAUCUUAUCAAGUCUGUUCAGCCAUCUGAUUACAAUCAAAGAUUCAACGAGGUAGAAGAUUAAUAAUAUAACGAAGAAAUAGAGAAAGAGCAUUUCUUGAAUCUUAAGAAUCAACUAUUCGAUUUGUUAACUAAGAAUAAGAAUUCAAAGUUCAACAACUACCACAAUAUGAACAGCAUCAAUUUGAUAGAAAUUUAAAAAGGUAACUUAAAAGGAGAAAAUAAAUCUCACAAGCAUGCCACCACUGCAUACAUUGAAGAUGAAAGUAAUACCAAAGUGGUUGGAGCAUAUUUUUUACAGCAUGAUACUAAGUAUUAACUCGAGAGCUGCUUCCAUUUAGUAAGUUUAAUCCUUUACUUUAAAGUCAUAUGUAGACUGUUUCUUGGAUAUUUGCAAGCGGGCCAUAAAUAUCUGAAAGGAUAAAUAAUCUCAAAAGGAAAGUAAAAGCCUGCAACUUCUAAAUAGUUCCUGUUUCAGGUAUCGUCAACUAGGAGCAACUCAAUCCUUUUGAAACUUUUACUGUACUCAAGAAAGGCUAAGAAACUGAGAGUUUUAUGA